CACGCUCUCCGCGAAUGCUUCGACUAGAUACUUUCUCCAUCGGUGCCGGCCGAUUCCAAAUCGGUUUUUGAUAAUUGAAAGAUCAAAUUGGUUGCAGGAAGAAGUUUAAUCCGUUGGAGACUGGAUUGGAAUGAGUGCUUUCAACAAAUUCAAAGCCAAUGCUGCGGUUGCGUGGAGCCCUAAUCUCUACAUCACGCUGGUGAGAGGUAUUCCGGGGACGAGGAGGCUACACCGCCGCACAUUAGAAGCCUUGCGACUCGCCAAGUGCAACCGCACGGUCGUACACCGAAACACGCCUUCUCUCCUAGGAAUGCUUCAGCAGGUGAAAAGGCUGGUUGCAAUUGAGACUGAAGAAAUGUACAAUGCUCGGAAGCAGAAAGAAGCUAAUCACAGAGCGCUGCGCCCGCCGCUGGUCGUGAAUCAUGACCCAAACCUCCCGACUACUGAAUCAUCGAAUCCUUGAAUGAGAUAAACUUGGGAUAUUGCUUCGUUCAAAUGGCUAGAAGAUAAACCCAAACAGGAUGUUGGUCUGAAAUAAAAUGUCUGAAAUGGAAAUAUGGCAAGAGAAUUGAACAGGUUAAACAAUCAGAGUUUUUAUCAUGUAAAAUGCCAUAGCAGUUGACGUUCUUAAUCAUGUAUUUGGUAUCUAAACAUUAACUCGUGCAAAACUAUGAUAAUUUGGCAUUGUUUACUUGAUUAACAGUACAUUUCAAGUUCCCUGUGGAAGAAAUUAUGCUUGUAUUGUGAGAACCCCUCUCUCUCCGUAUUUGUAUGUAUAUUUAUACACGUGUUUUUUUUUUUUA